CUCUGUGGAGGGUCAAAUCUCGCUGCGCUGAUGUGUGCGGAAGUGCGGCAAAAUCCGAGACCCUAGCAACUGGAGACGCUUCGUGCCUAGAGCUGAACAUCGGAUCGUACACCGGGAUUAAAGGGACAGGCGUUUACAGGGAAGUGAUGCUGCUGCCAGAGAUGGAUGGUAAUUUAACGCUGCAUUUCGCCAACUUCAGCACUCUGUUCGUAUGCAUGGUGCUGAAAUUCCCGCAGAUAUUUGUACUGAUGCGGGCCAAAGCGACCAAUGGAGUCAGUUUGAACAGUCUGCUGCUGGAGCUGGUCGGCUUUAUAGUGUUCAUGUCCUAUCAGAUGUACUAUGAUUAUCCACCCCUCACAUACCUGGAGUAUCCGAUCCUCAUAGCACAAGAUGUCGUCGUGCUUCUUUUAAUUCUACAUUACAACAGGAACAUGAAGCACAGCCUCAUAUACGCCACAGUGUUUGUUGGUGGAUGGCAGCUGCUGACAGUACAAAAAUGGGUGAUUGAUCUGGCCAUGAGUCUGUGUACAUUAAUUAGUGCAGGCAGUAAACUGGCACAGCUUCAGUGUCUAUGGCGUUCGAAAGAUUCUGGACAGGUCAGCACUCUCACCUGGGGUCUGGCCACAUAUACAUGCCUGACGAGGAUCUUCACUACCAUGAUCACCACAGGAGACACACAAGUCCUCAUUCGGUUUGUCAUCAUGAGCAUUCUGAAUAUGUGGGUGACAGCGACAGUGAUCCAGUACAAACCUCAUGCUGUGAAACAGGAUUAAGACCUGUCGCUAUGAGUAUAUCAUCACUUCCUCCUGUUAUGUAAAAUGUUACCAAAGUAGUUUUUGAAGAAUGGAAACAUACCUCACACUCAACUGGAUUCAGGUCAGGUGCUAUUUGGAUGUAGCACUUUGCAAUGCAAUGUUAAGAUGUACUGACUUUGGGUAAGUGUAUACUAUAAUUAGGAAAAUUAAAAAGAAUCACCAUAAUGCUCUUAAGCUCAGAGUUCCCAUAUUAAUUUGAUCAUAGUAAGAGAAGUUUUUCAGUGUCAAUAACAUGGCCCUUUUGUGUGUAUACAUGAAAUAGUAAUUAAAGUAAUGGUCUUUUUAUAACAUAGUAUAUAAACUUAAUCCUUCACCUAAUAUUCCUUUGCUUGGAGGAAAAAUGGCAAUGUGUUGUAAUGUGUUUUUACAGCUGUAAAUGUGCAUUACAGUACGUGACCACAAAAUAUUAGAUGCAAAAAGUGCCCUUUUAUUUACAGAUCUCACAUCAGAAUUAUGAGACCUCUUUCUGGCCAUAGAGUGUUAUGAAAACAAUACAUCCCAGGAUCUCAUUCCCUUAUUCUAGCCGUGGUCACAUUCCUUAUUAUUCCAGGGAGGGUUCUCUCCAGUAUUCCCUGUUGUUUAAGUGUUUUUGUCUCCAAAUUGCUUGCUUAUGAUCAAUCACUACCCAUAUAUUCCAAAAUGGUUUGUUUUGAAGUUAGAAUACUGUGGAAAUACUUGGUUAAAUGGUUAAAAUGGUCUUAUCUAGUUUUUUGAUCAGCUUUCAGCCUAUGCACAACUAUUAUUGAGAUAUGAUAUCAGGUUGCUGCACAGCCUAUAUAUACUGUAGUUCAUAUGGGGUUAUGUUUACAUACAGUGAAAAAUGUACUGUGACUUUUUCAUUGAGCAAUAACUGUUACAUAAUAUAAGUCAUAAUGGUUACAGGGUUUUACACAUUUUAUAUUAAUGCAAACGCAUAAACUAUGGAACUCUUCUAAUCUCCACACUUUGAUCAAACAUUGUUCUAGGUCUAGUAUAACCAGGUUAUUACUCAAUAAAUGAUCAAGAAGAACCAUGAAGAUUUCAUCUUGCAGUUUAUGUGUGGGUCACAGAGGUUAAGAGAUGCUUAGAUCUGUAGCACAACGAAUGUCUGUCUUAUAGAAGUACUUUAAUAUAUCCGACAUCUUCUGUAUUUAAUAAA